AUGAGUGGUAACAAACCCUACGCCUUGAACGGUUAUGGAGGCCCUCGCCCGCCCAACGAUUCGAACCCAUAUGCGCCUACGAAUGCUUCCAAUUCCAUAUCUAGUGGUCGCUAUGCUGAUCCCUAUCUGAACCAGCAGAAUAACGUCUCUUCCGCCUCUGUCAAUAGUUUCGGCUCGGCCGAACGCAGGCAGAGGUCUAAUCCAUAUGAACAACGAGGUCGAGAUUCUCCUGGGCCGGGGCCCGUGCCUUCCGGACGGGUAGGCUCAGGAGGAGGAGGCUACGGAGGCAUGCCACGUCCAAGAUAUGCCGACGCAGCUCCUCCCCCACGGAACGACUAUGACUAUCCCAGGGAAAGGGAUCCACAGGAGUAUGAACAGAGACAGCAGAGACCCCCGACUCGAGAACGGGAGAGAACAUACAAUGAAAACCGCAAUCGAGAUCGAAAAGAUAUGCGAGGACCUAUGCCUACGCCUUCUACCAUGCCUUCUAAAUCCUCUUUGUCCGGUCUCAAUCAACAACUUCCUACAAACGGGUACAGCAAUCAGAACUUCCCUCCAGCAGAGAAUGCCAAUCGACACUACUCUCCUCGCCGGCCGCCGAAGGACAUGGAAGAAAUCAUGCGUCACAUCCAAUCGAAUUGGAAAGACAUGGAGGGAGACGAUUGCGUCCCGGUCAAGAUUGCGCUCCGGCUAAUGGAUCCCAGCUCCCUGGGUCUUGCGGACAAAGAGGGGGACUUUGCCAACACGCACGUUGAUCUGCAAAAGAGUCUAAAGACCGUGGUCAAUGAACAUUACGCCGACUUCAAUAGUGCCGUGGGCACAUAUCACAAGAUUCAAAAUGCGCUCAGGGAGAGUCAGAAUCGGGUACGACAACUGAAAGGAGGUUUGAUGACCGUGAAGGGCGGGAUGUUGAGUACCCGACCCGAAUUGAGAGGGUUGGCUGAGCAAAGCGGGGAGCUGGACGGAAUGCUUGUCGUCCUGAGCAAUAUUGAAGCAUUGAAAACUGUCCCUGGUAUGCUUGAAGAGAAGAUCAGCGAAAAGAAAUUUCUUGGAGCCGUGGAUCUACUGAUGGAAAGCCUGAAAGGCAUCACCAAGAGCGAAUUAGAUGGCAUUGGAGCUAUUUCUGAUCUCCGAAAUUAUUUUGCCAAUCAAGAGAGCACUUUGCUGGAUAUCCUUGUUGAGGAAUUACACGAUCACCUUUACCUGAAAAGUCCCUAUUGCCAGGACAGAUGGAAGGGUAAAAAGGCCAAUGGCGAAGACAGGGACCCCAAAGAAACCUUAAUGGGUGUCGGAAUCAAUGUGUGGGAUCAACCUUUCAACCAUUAUUUGAACAGCAUGGACAUUACAACCCCCAUGGUUGAAGACGCGUCGAAAAAUCCCGAGUCGGAUAGCUUCUACUACAUCCACAUGAUUGUGGAAUCUUUGAACAAGCUUGGCCAACUUGGGGAAGCCAUUUUGAGAAUCGAACAAAGAAUGCCUAUGGAAUUGUACAAGGUGGUGGAAAAAACGAAUAACGAUAUUGACGCCAAAUAUCCCACCCAUCUGAGAGGUCAGCUUCACAGGGAAAAUCGAAAAGUCAUAUCCUUACAAGUCAACGAUGGCCGAAACCAAGUCUUGUCCGACUUUUUGUGGACACUAUACUCGAAAUUUGAAGCCAUUGCCGAAAGUCAUCGAGUCCUCCAUGAAGUUGUCGGUGGCAUUGCCGUGAGAGAGAAAAUGAAUACACCUGAGAAAUACACUAGCGGUUUCAAAGAGCUGUGGAAGUUGUACCAAAUGGAAAUGCGAUCUCUUCUGCAUGACUACUUAGCAACUGACAGCGACAUGACUCUCCGGUCGGGACUGACGACAACUACGAGUAGCGAUGUCUUUGCACGGCCUCAACGCGACAAGAACAAGAGGAUGUUCAAACUCUCCGAAAUGGAUCAGAAAUCUGAGACGAUGAAGGCGGAGGAAGACGAACUCACCGAGAUUCUUAAGAGCUCGGUGCCUGGCUUGGUCAGCAAAUCUCGAUCCCGAAACGGAGCCGAUCUGGCCUCGGAGCGAAAUGGUCAAGACAGUUCUGCCGCGGGACACAAAUUGUUGAUCGAGCCAGGAGUCUUCAACAUGACUGUCCUGUUACCUCCAUCCCUGACAUUCUUGCAGCGUCUCAAAGAUGUUGUGCCCUCUACCUCACACAUCCCAAUGAGUACCUUGACCUCGUUCCUCGAUGAUUUCCUUAUCAACGUAUUCCACCCACAGCUUGAAGAGGCGGUCACGGAACUCUGCGCUCGAUGCAUGAUUGACUUGGAAGCGUUCUCGGAAGCCAUUCAAUGGUCGAAGCAUUCCCCGUAUCCUAUCUUCAAGGGCACCAUCUCAUUUAUGUCCCUGAUCCGUGCUUUUUCAGGCAUGCUAAACGCGAUACCGCAGGAUCAAGUGUUCACCCAACUGAUCAUCGACCAACUCGUCACAUAUUACGACAAGUGUUACGGCUACUAUAAGGCUCUUGUGAGUCGAGUGGCACCUUCAAAUGGAAAUCAAAACGUCAACACAUUGUCGUUGAAAGCGGCCGCUGCAUUCGCUGAAUCGGGAGAAGUUCGCGAUGCGGCGAUUGAAUUGUUCAAAUACGACAAAUCCACCAGCGAUGAUGGUGUUUCUCGAUCAAGCCUGAUAACAAAGGAGGUCCAGGCUCUUCUCGCUGCAACCAAAGGAAACCCCCUAUCCUCCUAUGACAUCAUCUCUGAUCCGAAAUCCGUCCACCAGCUCUCACUCCUACACAAUAGCAUGCAGUGGCUGUCCGCGGCUCUGACGCAAAUUCGACAGGUUGAGACGAGCUCAUCCUCGAGCCUAUCACAUGCCCGGAGUGGAUCACAGAGCAGACACCCUCGUCGAUGGACGCUAAUUGCCAGCCUCCGCGCUCCGAGCAAGUCGCCAUCUCAUCCUGGCGCAGUGGAACCUGUCUUCUUACCUCUGACGUCCGAAACAGCCAUUCCCUUCGAUAACACACUCUCCUCUUUCCGCACCUUGGCCCAGACAAGUCUGUUGACCCUCCAUAUCGACAUCCGCUGCGGUAUCAUCCAUCAACUAUCCCGCACGCUCCGUGGGCCUGAUAUCGGCAACAGCCCCAAACCUCCCUCCGAGAGUCGCGACUCAUCUGGCCUCCCGCCGCUUGACUCAGGUCUAUAUCCUUACGUCCUUCCAUCUCCACCCAGGUCAGCAUCACCCUUGAUCCUCGAACUAAACAAUGACCUCAUCUCUUUCGACUCGAAUAUCGCCACGUACCUGGGUCCGAAAGAGCGGAACUUCAUCCUGACUGGCCUGGCGAAGCUGGUCGACCGCUAUCUCGUCAUUGCCGCCGAUGUCAUUGGCGUCAUGAACGCCAACGGCGCCGAGCGAGUCCGGAUCGACGCCAUGGUCGUUCAGCAGAACCUACGUGCCAUCUUAGCCAGCACAACCCCGAAACGCAACAGCCUUGCUCUCACAUCCAAUACAACCCAAUCGAACGCCGACGCAACUGGCCUCGGUAUAUCCACCCAAUCUAUCACCUCUUCGCCGGACUCCGACGAGGAGGACUCAGGCCUCCUGACCUCCUCGUCGCGGUACUUCGACCUCUUCCUCUCCGGACCGGAUUCGAUUCUCGCAUACGUCCGCGACUGCAAGGCCCAGGGUAAGGAUGUCGGUUAUACAUACGACGAGCUGCGGACACUGGUAGAGUUGUGGUUCAGCGCCAAGUUGCGCGGCGACGAUCGUGAGGAGAGUGUCAAGGCCAGGAAAGGGUUACAGGAGGUUCUUCUUGCGCUGGGAGAGGGGAUGUGGGAUUCUUGA